AUGACCCAGUUCUACACCAAUAAAACCCGGACCCCAUUGCGCCGGUUCCCGACUUCCCGUCCAACCCACAACCUUCGUCCGCACACGUUUCCCGAUAUAUACACAGACACGGCGAGCCAUUGCGCCAAUAUCCGCCAACGCCACUUCCCCCGCACCUUACCGUCCACGCCACCGUCCUCCCUCCCGGACUCCCCGCAGCGUUGCCCCCUCUUCCAUGGCCAAGCGUCUCUUCCACUCGUGCCGCUCCCCCUCCGUGGCGGACGCCGUGGUCACCUCCACCACUACCCUCCUCGCCACCGACCACCCACCUUUCUUCCCGGGCAGCUGCCCGCGCCGUGUUCCCCGCCGCCGACCACAGCAGCCGCCUCCGGGUGCAUGUGCCGCUGGCUAUGCGGCCGACGACCUCACACCGGCGCGCGGGACGCCUGCGUACCGCUGGCUUAAGAGCUCGCAGUGGCACGUCAUCGAGGCCGCCGGGAUCACCGACGACGACCACACGCCUCGCCUCAAGAUCGACGCGCGGAGCCGGCUGCGGCGCUCUCGCCGCCGCCUGCACCGUCGGGCGGACCCCGUCAGCGGGUCGUCGGGGGACAGCGGAUGGUUCACCAGCGACGAGGACUCGUACGCGAACAGCUGCGGCGUCGGCGUCGGCGGCGGCGAGGCCGAGACGCUGGUGACGUCGACCACCACGGAGUCUUCGUCCGGCGCGAGCGGGAACUGCGGCGGCAGCGGCGAGGUGGACGGCGUAGUGGUGGCCGGGAGCUUCGCGGUGGUGAAGCGCUCCGACGACCCCCGCGCCGACUUCCGCAGGUCCAUGGCCGAGAUGGUGGUGGGGCGCGCCAUCUACGACGCCGACGGCCUCGAGCGCCUCCUGCGGUGCUUCCUGGCGCUCAACCACCAGCGCCACCGCCGCGACAUCGUCGCCGCCUUCGGCGAUGUGUGGGAGGCCGUCUUCUCCAACCCGACGUCGUCGCAGCGCCGCAUUGUCACAUCCGACUCUGCGAUCUGCAAGGCUGCAGCGACCGUGUCAAACCGUCGGUAGAAAACAAACAUGCAUGUGAUACGUAUAGCAACGGACUAGGCCUAUUACUGUACUAGUAGCUGUAUCUAAGAUGUGAUUAUGGAGAGGUAGUAUGAGUACGUGUAGACGGAUGUACAUUAGUACUGUACGAGCAAAUUUCUUUUUUUGGGUUCGUGUCUACGGAGCCUUUCAUUUCUUCCA